CGUUUAUCACCAGCACAGAUUAACAUGGAGCCUCCUCCCAAGCCUUCGAAUUCGCUGUUCGAAGUCUACCUGCGAUUGCGCCCCUCUAAUGUCGUCAGCGCGGAACGAUUUCUCGACGUCCAGGACGACGGAACCCACAUCACCAUCAAGCCGCCUCCAACGGACCACCGCAAGCGCGCUAUCGAAAAGUUUGCGUUUACUCAAGUGUUCGAGGAGAAGGCCAAACAGUUGGAUAUCUUCAAGGGUACUGGAGUGGUGCCCCUGAUCGAGGGCGUGCUUGGUGCAGACGGCAGCCAUGGACGUGAUGGACUGCUUGCAACACUGGGGGUUACCGGCUCUGGAAAGAGUCAUACCAUCUUGGGAACAAAAUCACAACGCGGUCUUACUCAAAUGGCGCUGGACGUACUCUUCCAAAGCACCGAAUCGCAGAUCGUCCAACCUACUUAUGGCUCCAACGCCGUACCAUCCCUUGCAGCUACAGAUGCGUCUGAAGCCCAGCUAUUUACCGCAUCAGCCUUCUUAGACUCGCACUAUGGCGAUAAUCAAUCCGAGCGUGGCUUUAACUCCAGAGCACAAACGCCUAUGCCUGAGUACAGCUCCUUCAUAGGUCCAACCACGACCAGAUCACGAAACAUCCCCCGCCCCUCUGCACUACCACAGACGCCGAGCGUCCAGGAGGUUGAGGUGCCAUCAGAUCCGAAUGCAGAGUAUGCCAUCGUAGUGUCUAUGUAUGAGGUUUACAACGACCGCAUAUUCGAUCUCUUAUCAGGAUCCGGCACGAGCAAUAAGAAUGGUCAACAGAAGCGGCGAGCGCUUUUGUUCAAGAGCACGGAGCAGAGUCCUGACAGGAAGGUUGUGGCUGGUCUGCGGAAAAUUAUCUGCGGUAGUCUGGAAGAAGCACUUAUGGUGCUAGAGACUGGUCUACAUGAGAGGAGAGUCGCGGGAACGGGUAGCAAUGCCGUCAGCUCGCGGAGUCACGGCUUCUUCUGCGUUGAGGUCAAGAAGCGGGAUCGAUCAGGUCGUGGGCCUUGGAGAGGCAGCACACUCACUAUUGUGGACCUCGCAGGUUCUGAGCGGGCGAGAAACGCAAAGACUGCGGGUGCUACGUUGGCAGAAGCUGGAAAGAUCAAUGAGAGUCUCAUGUACCUAGGACAGUGCAUGCAGAUGCAGAACGACAACCAAGAAGGGAAUAAGCAAAAUAUUGUCCCAUUCCGGCAAUGCAAACUCACCGAACUACUCUUCUCCAACUCCUUCCCAUCCGCCACAAGCCACCAUAAUCAACAGAACUCGUCACACCGCAAUCCGCAGAAAGCAAUCAUGAUUGUAACAGCAGAUCCAGUGGGCGACUUCAAUGCCACAUCCCAAAUCCUCCGCUACUCGGCCCUUGCGCGGGAAAUCACGGUGCCACGCAUUCCGUCCGUCAGCAGCACGAUCCUGUCCGGAACAACCGUAGGCGGUAGCGCAGGCGGUAAAUCGACACUCUCAAGUGGCCGCUCUUCACCCGCAGUCUCCUGGGAAGAGCUCGAACACGCGACACAGGAGGUUGCGCGACUAACUGAGGAAGCUGACAUCCUGGCCAUGCAACUCGAUGACGAGAGGGAGAGGAGGCAACAUGCUGAGGACUGUUGGCGAGCAGCCGAAGAGCGCAUGACAGCACUAGAGCAAGAAAUUAGGGACGAAUGCUUCGCCGAGAUGGAAGAGCGUAUGGAUGCUGAGCGGCGGCGGUGGAAGGGUGCGUGGGAUGAGGAGGCAGAUCGAGCUGACGAGCACUUUGAUCGCAAGAUUGAGGUGUUAGUGAAAGGCAUUGAGGUUCAUGAAGACGAAGAGGGCGAGGCAGAGGGCGAAGUGAGGGUUGAUGAGUUGGAGAGAGAGAAUGAGGGGUUGAAGAGGAAGUUGGAGCUGUUGGAGAGAGAGGUUCAAGGAAGGAGUCCCACCAAGAAACAGCGGAUCCUUGGGACGAAGAAGUGGAGUGUUCCAGACGAGAACUUGGAUAGCGACUAAGUGUUCCGGGGAUAGUCUGCCGGUGUUCAGGGCGCUGCGGUUGUAUAUGAUAUUGGAAGCGUGGUGUUGUCCAUACCCAGGCGGUCUUUGUACAGGGCGGUAAUGCUGAAAUGAAUUGGUCUACUCAACUGGCUGUUUGGGC